CCAGAAAAAAAGAGAGCAAAGGAAGAAAAAAAAAAAUGGCUCCUUCGUCUUCAUCUUCUCCUUCCAAAUCUCCUGUUCCAUCUCUUCACCAAUCCCUUCACUUCACUCCUAUUCUAGAAUGUGAAGAAGACGACCUCCAAGAAGAAAGAUACAAAAACAGAACAACUCCUAGCAGCGACGGUGGUUCUUCCGCCACACCAAACCACCACCACCACCGCCGUAACAACAGCAACAACAACAACCACCAACACACUCUAACACCUCUCCACCACAACGGCAAACCCCAAACCAGAAAACGACAUGACGACAACGACGAAGACGACGGUGGCGCCGUCUCCUGCAACAAGUGUAGGCCGCAUCACUCUCACCGUGACAAAUUCUCCGUCGUACCUCUCGAAAGCCACAACAACCCUUCUUUCAUCUCUAGCCCCAAUCUCAUAAUCAAAUCCAUCUUUCAAUCUCUCACACGGAGAAGUCCCAAACCUUCCUCUGCGACGGCGGCGCUUCCACCGCGCUCUUCCUCCUCCUCCGCCGCCGACGCUUCAAGAGAAGAGCAGUGGCGGUUAGCCGUGGCGGAGCUUUCUCAUAAACUGAUUCAAGCCACGAAGAAGAAAGAAGACGCGGUCAUAGAAGCUUCUAGGUUGAAAUCUUCCAUGGCAGAGCUUGAGAAGAAACUCAAUAAACUCGAGAUUUACUGUCACAAUCUCAAAUCAGGUCUUGACGAAUGCAGCAACAAGAAACAGAGUGUUCCGAUUCGUAAAGACGGAUUUAACGACAGGAUCAUUCAGCAGUUUCUCGUUUCUGUGUCGGAAUCUCGAUCUUCGAUCAGAGCUUUGAGUAGAUCUCUCGCCUCGCAGCUACGAACCGUCGGUGGCAAAGUUUAUGAGAGACUCUCUCUUCUUCUUCAACCUUUCGAUGUAAAGAUCAACUCUUUUGCGAAAAACCCUAAAAGUCUGAUCUUUUACCUCGAAGCGAUUCUGAGCAGAGCUUUCUUCGAGGAUUUCGAAGCUUCUGGGUUUCAGAAAAACGGGUCGACCCGGAUUUUGAAUCCGAUUGAUCGUUGUGAAUCCAAUUACGCUUCGUUUAACGUCUUGAUGGAGCUGACGUGGGACGAGGUGUUGAGCAGAGGAACGAAGCAUUUCUCGGAGGAGUUUAGCCGAUUCUGUGACCGGAAAAUGAGUGACGUCGUUUCGAUGCUUAGCUGGAACAGAGCCUGGCCUGAACCGCUUUUACAGGCUUUCUUUGGUGCGUCGAAGAGUGUUUGGUUGGUUCAUCUCUUGGCUAAUUCGGUGAACCCGGGAUUGCAAAUCUUUCGCGUGGAGAAAGAUGACCGGUUUGAUCCGAUUUACAUGGAGGAAACUGGUGGGGAACGGUUUAAGAGUCUGGUUAGAGCUAUGGUUCAACCCGGAUUUUACGUCUAUGGAAGUGUGGUUAAGUGCAAGGUGGUUUGUAAGCAAUGCGGUAGCGAUGAGGAAGAACUAGAAGACCGAUUGAAAAUGAGUUCGAUCUCUGGAUUGGUGGAAGAUGAAAUCAGUUCGUUUUUCGAAUCGUCUCCACCUCUGAAGAACAAUGAAGAGAUCGUAACUAAGCUUAAUCAGUUCAUUGAGCUGAAUUCUUCGUGUGAAGGAGGGAAGAGGAGGAUUGUAUGUGUGACUUCAGGUGGAACUACAGUUCCAUUGGAGCAACGAUGUGUAAGAUACAUUGAUAAUUUCAGCUCUGGUAAUAGAGGUGCUGCAUCUACUGAGAAUUUCGUCAAGGCUGGGUAUGCUGUGAUAUUUCUCUAUAGGAGGGGAACUUGUCAACCGUAUUGCCGGUAUCUUCCUGAUGAUCCAUUCCUUGAAUGUUUUGAGUUUCCAGAUGCCAAAAACAUUCAAGUUCAUGGGUCACAUUCAGAAGCUGUGAAGAUGGCUGUUAUGGACCAGCAAGCUGCAGUUGCAGAAGGUCGGUUGCUAAAACUACCAUUCUCAACGAUAUAUGAAUAUCUCCAGAUGUUGCGGUUGAUUGCAACGGCAUUGAAAGAAGUCGGUCCAUGUUCGAUGUUUUAUCUUGCUGCUGCUGUAUCUGACUUUUAUGUGCCAUGGAAGAGCAUGACAGAGCACAAAAUAGAAUCAGGAUCUGGUCCUUUGGACAUAAGACUAGCUCAAGUCCCUAAAAUGCUAUCAAUCUUGAGAUCAAAUUGGGCUCCAAAGGCUUUCUGCAUAUCAUUCAAGCUUGAGACAGACUCAAAGAUUUUGAUAGAGAAGGCUACGAAGGCUCUACAAAAAUACAAAGUGCACGCAGUUGUAGCAAAUGAGCUAUUAACGCGUAAGGAGGAGGUAGUGGUUGUUUCAAGUAGCGGUAAUGUUGUGGUGAGACGUGAUAGCAACAAGCCUGAAUCCAUCAUCGCAGCUAUGUCGUACUCCGACUCUGAUUCGUCGUCUCAUGGUGGCGACUACAAGAAUUUCCGACAGAUUACGCGUGAACGACUCUUGUAUGAGAUGCUUAGAUCUGCGAAGACAGGGAGCUCAAAAUCCACAUGGAAGGUACUAAUCAUGGACAAACUUACUGUCAAGAUAAUGUCAUACGCCUGCAAAAUGGCUGAUAUCACACAAGAAGGAGUUUCACUGGUUGAAGACAUAUUUAGACGAAGACAACCUCUACCUUCAAUGGAUGCAAUAUACUUCAUCCAGCCAACUAAAGAGAAUGUCAUCAUGUUCUUGUCAGACAUGUCUGGGAAAUCACCCUUGUACAAGAAGGCAUUUGUUUUCUUCAGUUCACCGGUUUCCAAGGAACUGGUUGGUCACAUCAAGAAAGAUUCGAGUGUAUUACCUCGGAUUGGAGGAUUAAGAGAGAUGAAUUUGGAGUUUUUUGCCAUUGAUAGCCAGGGUUUCAUCACCGAUCAUGAGCGAGCUUUAGAGGAUCUUUUCGGUGACGAGGAAACUUCUCGAAAAGGCGAUGCGUGCUUGAAUGUGAUGGCUUCUCGAAUUGCCACAGUCUUUGCUUCAUUACGGGAAUUCCCAGCAGUACGAUACCGAGCUGCAAAGUCACUUGAUGCAUCGACAAUGACAACUUUGCGCGAUUUAAUUCCAACAAAGCUUGCAGCUGGAAUCUGGAAUUGUCUGGCAAAACAUAAACAGUCGAUUGAAAAUUUUCCUCAGACUGAAACUUGCGAGCUACUCAUCCUUGACAGAUCCAUAGACCAGAUUGCCCCUGUUAUACAUGAGUGGACAUAUGAUGCUAUGUGCCAUGAUUUACUGAACAUGGAAGGAAACAAAUAUGUACAUGUGAUUCCAAGCAAAUCAGGUGGACAACCAGAGAAGAAAGAUGUGCUCUUAGAGGAACAUGAUCCUAUUUGGCUAGAGCUUCGACAUGCACAUAUAGCAGAUGCUAGUGAAAGAUUGCAUGACAAGAUGACCAAUUUCUUAUCGAAAAACAAAGCUGCUCAGCUUCAGGGUAAGAGAGAUGGAGCUGAGCUUUCUACAAGAGAUUUGCAGAAGAUGGUUCAAGCAUUGCCACAGUACAGUGAACAAAUUGACAAGCUCUCUCUCCACGUAGAGAUUGCUAGAAAACUCAACGACCUUAUCAGAGAGCAAGGACUUCGGGAGCUUGGACAACUUGAACAAGACCUUGUUUUUGGUGAUGCUGGAAUGAAGGAUGUGAUUAAAUAUUUGAGUACUCAAGAGGAAGCAAGCCGUGAAGGUAAGUUACGCCUGUUGAUGAUCCUCGCAACAAUUUACCCUGAAAAGUUUGAAGGUGAAAAAGGUCAAAAUCUAAUGAAGUUGGCAAAACUCUCAUCUGAUGACAUGACCGCUGUAAAUAAUAUGAGCUUACUUGGUUCAGCCGUCGAUGCUAAAAAGAAUACCCCAGGAGGUUUCACUUUGAAGUUUGACCUUCACAAGAAAAAACGAGCUGUCAGGAAAGAGCGCCAAGAGGAAGCAGCAUGGCAGUUAUCUCGUUUUUACCCCAUGAUUGAGGAACUCAUUGAAAAACUUAGCAAAGGAGAAUUGCCAAAAGAGGAUUUCCCGUGUAUGAACGACCCAAGCCCAAGUUUCCACGGAUCUACUUCACUGUCAUCAGCAGCAACUAGUAGUCAAGGUCAAGCUGCUCAGUCCAUGAGAUCAAGACGCACACCAACAUGGGCUAAACCUCGAGGUUCAGAUGAUGGAUAUUCAAGUGAUUCGGUACUGAGACAUGCAUCAAGCGAUUUCAGGAAGAUGGGACAGCGAAUAUUUGUGUUCAUCGUUGGUGGAGCGACAAGAUCAGAGUUAAAAGUAUGCCAUAAACUAUCCACAAAACUCAAAAGAGAAGUAAUCCUCGGGUCCACGAGCCUGGACGAUCCUCCACAGUUCAUAACGAAAUUGAAGCUUCUGACUGCAAAUGAUUUAUCUAUAGACGAUCUCCAAAUAUGAGAAUCCAGAUCUCAAAUCAAAUCCCUGUCUUUGUUCUCUUAUCUCCCAAUCUAAUUUGUAACCAAGUGAACAAAAAUCAUCAGAUUAUGAGAUCAUGAUUGUAAGUGUACCCUUAUUGUUUGCCGGAUAAAUAUGUAAAGCAACUCAUAAAGUUGACUUCUAGAU